AUGCCUUUUCGAGAUGUGCGGUUUUUAAAAUACAAAGUACAAACAAAUGUUAGUAGAGUAUUCAUAAAUCAUAAAUCGCUUCAAUAUUUGUUUCUUUGUGCACACAGACUUUCCAUUAACAAUAAUAUAAUUUUACUAAAAAUGGAUGAUGAUGAUGAUGAUGAUGAUGAUGAUGAUAAUAAUAAUAAUAAUAAUCCCAAACUAUACAUUGUGCACGGAGCUGGACACACGUUGCCAGAAUACAAACCACAUGAGGCUUUGCAGUUCUAUUCGCGUUGGCUGAAGGGCCUUACGAUUUGA